GUUGGGACGCCGAUGAUGCGCGAUGCAAGAGGAACACACACUCUGGGCGUCACUGAACUCAUCUAGAGGACCACAUCUCAUCUCCCCCCCCCCUCCUUAACUCUACUGACCUCCCCCUACCUCCCUCCUCCAUCCCAGUUAAAGACUCCCCCCUCCUUAACUCUACCUGUGAGAAGAAAGCUAGUGGGCGGGCCCACUGUACGAUUCCAUUGCCCACUUCUUAACACCUGUGAAACACUGACCAAUCACCAUGCAGACAUCAUCUCUCCGCCGCCAGGUGAAGAACAUGGUCAACCAAUACUCAGAGGCAGAGAUCAAGGUCCGCGAGGCGACCUCCAACGACCCGUGGGGCCCCCCCUCCUCUCUGAUGUCAGAGAUCGCUGACCUGACCUUCAACGUGGUGGCGUUCACUGAGGUCAUGGGUAUGAUCUGGAAACGCCUCAACGACAGCGGGAAGAACUGGAGACACGUCUACAAGGCCCUGACUCUACUGGACUACCUGAUCAAAACGGGCUCGGAACGUGUGGCGCAGCAGUGCAGGGAGAACGUCUACACCAUACAGACCCUACGGGACUUCCAGUUCACAGACAGGGAUGGCAGGGACCAGGGGGUGAAUGUUAGGGAGAAGGCCAAGCAGCUGGUGGCCCUGAUGAGGGAUGAGGAGAGGCUGAAACAGGAGAGGACCCUGGCCCUGAAGACCAAGGAGAGGAUGGCUGGAGCAGCUGCAGGGUCAGGGAUGGGCUCUAGUUCUCUACCUCCACCCUACCCAGGCCGCCGUACCAGCCAGCCCAGCAUGACUGCUCUCUACGGGGAUGACUUCAGCCGGUCCAGGGAGUCCCAUUCCUCUUUCAAUUCCACCUCUUCCUCUCCUCGCCGUGCCGCAUCAGACAUGGAACAGGCCCGCCCACAGACCAGCGGGGAGGAGGAGCUACAACUGCAGCUGGCUCUGGCCAUGAGCCGAGAGGAGAGUGAAAAGCCUGCUCCCCCGGUGGACACUGAUGAACAGACUCAGCUCCAGAUCGCCCUGAGCCUCAGCAAGGAGGACGCUCAGAAGCCGGCCUCGCCUCCUCCGGUUGCCUUGGAUAUGGAUGAAGAGAGACAGCUCCAGAUCGCCCUGAGCCUGAGCAAAGAGGAGCACCAGCAGGAGCAACGGAGUCGCCAAGGAGACGAGUCGUUGCUCCAAAAAGCUCUGGAGGAGAGUAAACGAGAGGCGGCGUCUGGUGGAAUUGGGUCUGCCAUGAUGGAUCUGGUGGAGGUGUUUGCUGUGUCGUCUGAGGUGCCUCCUACUGCUAGUGCCACCUCCUGGAGUCUGCCAGGGGGGAACGUCCGCACCCCUCUCCACCACCCCCUCCCCCAGGCCCAGGCUGCUGCUGGGGCCGCCUCCGACCCCUGGGACUCACUGGUAGAGGCUCGCUCCACCCCCGCUGGGAUAGAGUCUCCCUGGAUGGUUCCUCCCACCUCCGGUAGCCCCGCCCCUUCUUGGCAGCGUAGCCGGUCCCCCCCGGACCCCUGGGAGACCCCGGGGGUAGUAGACCCAUUCUCUAUUCCAGAUGCUCUUCGAACUGGCAGCCCUACAGAUGGUGACUUGUUUGACGAGGCGAUGGACGGAGGUCAUUUCAGCCUGAACAGUCGAGGUGAGGGUGAGGGCAGCCCGGAGCUGUUUGACCUGUCUCGUAUAGGGGACAGUCUGGGGGUCCCCAGCCCUCGGACAUGCCGGACCCCUGAGUCCUUCCUGGGGCCCACAGGGGCCUCCCUGGUCAAUCUGGACAGCCUGAUACCAGCCAACCCCCCAGCCAAGACCAAGAACCCCUUCCUCUCAGGUCUGAGUACUCCAUCUCCCCUCAACCCGUUCCAGAGUGAACAGCCUCGUCUCACUCUGAAUCAGAUGCGUCCCAGCUCCACGUCCCCUGUCCCCCCCUCCGGUCCUCCCUCCCUGCCCUACAGUGCUUCUCUGCCCCUGCCCGCCAGCCACCAGCCGGCCAGCCUGCCCUCCUCCCUCACCCAGCCCACCCAUGGAGCCCUGGACAUACCUGGGCUGCCACAGCCCCUGUUACCUCUUUCCUCCAUCUCGUCUCUGGGAGAGCAGCACAGUCAGAAUCCCUUCCUGUGAUGUCUGUCCAUCUGAACUGAAACCGCUAAGAUGGAAGAUAGACCAACACUAACUUCUGCCAUGCGCAGUAGAACACCUGCUGGGCGUCCAUGAGCAGUGUCCUGCUGGCUGUCCACGAGCGGUGACCUGCUGGGUGUCCACGAGCAGUGACCUGCUGGGUGUCCACGAGCGGUGACGAUUCAACAUGUGGAAUCGUUGAGAAAUGUAUAGAAAAUGACGGUCGAUGUUUUGUAGUCAGAUGUGACAGGACGCCCACCCAGCUGUCGCACGGCCGGCAAUUCAUGUUGGUCUGUCUGUCCUCUAUCUCUGGUGGAUGGAACAGAGGAAAUAGAAAUGACUCUUAUUAGGUUAUUUUCUGUCAAUCUAACCUCAAGACUCAACAACUGGAAUUCAGACAGAACUGAUAAUCCCCUCAAGUUGUUAUUUUGCUGUUGUUUUUCUCUGGGCUUUAGUUCUGUAACCCUUAGAUUGCUUCCUCUGCUACGGUCUGCUCUACCACAACCUGUCCUGUUACUCCUCUCUGCUGAAGGGAGUGAUGGAGGCCUCUGCUCAGGUCUGCUCUACCACAACCUGUCCUGUUACUCCUCUCUGCUGAAGAGAGUGAUGGAGGCCUCUGCUCGGGUCUGCUCUACCACAACCUGUCCUGUUACUCCUCUCUGCUGAAGGGAGUGAUGGAGGCCUCUGCUCAGGUCUGCUCUACCACAACCUGUCCUGUUACUCCUCUCUGCUGAAGAGAGUGAUGGAGGCCUCUGCUUGGGUCUGCUCUACCACAACCUGUCCUGUUACUCCUCUCUGCUGAAGGGAGUGAUGGAGGCCUCUGCUCGGGUCUGCUCUACCACAACCUGUCCUGUUACUCCUCUCUGCUGAAGAGAGUGAUGGAGGCUACUGCCUCUGCUCGGGUCUGCUCUACCACAACCUGUCCUGUUACUCCUAUCUGCUGAAGAGAGUGAUGGAGGCCUCUGCUCGGGUCUGCUCUACCACAACCUGUCCUGUUACUCCUCUCUGCUAAAGGGAGUGAUGGAGGAGGAACGAGAGGUAGAAAGAAAGAGAAUAUUCCCAGAACGUGUUUAGGUCUAUAGUAACCUAAUCCUAAACCAUGACAGAUACUGUACAUACACGCCGAUGCCCAAGCUCAUCCUCCGCUAUAGAAAGCACAGUAGGUGAAGAUGUUUCCAUGUUAAAGUAAUUAGCAAUACUUUACAGAGUGAGUGUGUCUGCACUAACCUGGUCUCAGAUCUGUUUGUGCUGUCCUGCCAACUCCUAUGGGUCAUUGGCUAUACAGCAGAAACAGAUCUGGGACCAGGUUAGUUAACUGCUUUUCCAACUGCUUCUUACCUAGUCACAUGCCCCGCCCACUCUGCUGCAUACUUUAUUUUGAUUGGCUCCGCACUGUUGCUCCUGAUCCAGCACUGAACUGAUUGUACACCAGAUAUGCCUGCUUAUCUCUCCGACCGACGGACCACAAUGCACUGGGACAGGACGCCCACUGUUCCUGCCGCACUGCUCUAUGCUGAUUGGUCGAUCCGCUCUCUGGACUGCUUUCAUUGGUUGGCUCUUUCUCUCCUAUUAUCUCUCCCAUGAUGCCCCAGGGGAUAACUCGGACAAGUCUGUUCAUGAGGAUGUAACGUUACAGAAUGCUCAGAUAGAAAUGUAUCGUGUAGAACAGAUAUGAUUGUCUGCCAGAUAGAAUAAGGGAAGUGUGUCGGCUCUAUUCAAUCUAUUUCUAUCCGUUCAGAAUGUUUCCCAGCACAGACUGCAACUCAGAUAGAAAUGUAUCAUAUAGAACAGAUAUGAUUGUCAACCAGAUAGAAUAAGGGAAGUGUGUCGGCUCUAUUCAAUCUAUUUCUAUCUGCAAAUGUUCAGAAUGAUUCCUAGCGCCGACUACGACUCUGAUUCCUGAGAACGGGCAUAGAACAUUCCACGCCGAUGAUGAGACGCCCGCCAACCCCCAUUCACAUAAUGAACACUUGAGUUUUAAGCUUCCUUUUUCUGUUACAUUGGGCCUUGUAAGACUCAGUCUGACUGGGUUCUCGUGUAAAAUGAUGAUUUGCUGUUGGAAUGGAGCUGCGGUGAUGGUGAGAGAGAUUCUAAUGUAGUUCUAUUGUAUUGUAGUGAACUGGAGGCCCUUUUGAGGGAUAACUGAGUGAAAUCUGCUUUUCAAGAGACCGGAACCACUGCAGGACUCACUAUAGGGGGCAAAUCCUAACGCUCUCACUUCAAGUUGAGUUUUGCAUUGAUGUCAAUGGGAGAUGUGGAAAUUCAAUUGAAUUGAAUGGAAGUUAGGAAGCUAGCAUUCGACCCCUAUAAAGCAACGCGUAUUAGAAUGUAUGAAUUGAUAUCAUGAUUAUUUUCCCUCUCUCAUUGCUGUGAUCAAUACUUGUGAAACACUGAUUGUCAUCGUCAAAUAUAAGGGUAACGAAUAACAACA